GUGGCAGCGCGGCAUUGUGGGGUAGCCCGCCCGGUGUCAUGGCGACCGUGGCUGAGCAGGCCGCGCUUCUGCAGCUGGAUGGGGCGGUGGGCGAGAGUGUGCGCUCUGUGCUUAGUUCGCUCGGCCAAUUCCAUCAGCAGCUUAAUGUUGGAGAUGAUGUUCUAAACGUUACUGUUGAUUUAUGCAAGCUUCAAUGUCUGCCAUAUGACCUGGACCAUUUUAGCAACUUGCUCCAACAGCAUAUACUUGAGUUACAGUGUGUUUCAGAUAAGCUGAAGUUAUUGGUAAGAAAUGACACAUCUGGGACAAGAAAUUCAGGAGAAAAGUUUCUCUCCACAAAACCUGAUAAUGACUUGAACUCAACAGCAACUGGCGAUAAGCACAUUUUGAAUGAAUCAAGUAAUCCAAGAACAAAAAUGUUCCAAAUUGCUCAAUGCAAGUCUGAAGGACAGGAUGAACCAAUUACACAAACAAGAACAGAAUUGGUUCAGAUCAAGGCAGGCAAAGAUGAAAUUGAAAGAAGAAUUUUGGCAUUCAUCGAGAGAAAACAGGCAGAGAUCAAUGAAAAUAAUAUCCGUGAAUUCUGUAAUGUUAUUAAUUGUAAUCUAGAAAACAGCUGUGCUAGAACAGAUGCCGUUUUUACACCACAUCCGGGUUUUAAAAGUCAUAUAAAAGUCUCGAGAGUUGUGAAUAUAUAUGGGCCUCAAACACGAACUGAAAGUGAUGGGGAAUCUGCCCCAAAGCCGAAUACUAUGACACAAAGCUGCGGUAACCCAGCUAUUGAAGAGAGGCUUCAAAAUAUGGAAGCUCAUUUGAAGCUUUCAGCAGGUGGUCCUGUUCCAAUUGACAUUUACCAAAGGAUCAAAAAACUUGAAGACAGAAUUCUGCAUUUGGAAGGUCUUUCUCCGGAAUAUUUUCAACAUGUGAAUUUUCCAAGUAAAAGGCGUAAAGUUCAAGAAACAGCUCAGGGCUACAGCCUAAUAGAAAUCGAUGAGAAGAUUAAUGCAUUGAAGGCAGUGCUACUGCAGAAAGCAGGUGACCAAGCUCAGUCAAUAGACGCAAACAAGAUGUCCAUUUAAGGUCCAUUUUUGAGCUUUAGAACUAACCAAAUAUAAUCAAUAAGUGAUGCCUUUAUUGUUUUUUUCAGAAAUAAUUUCACUUGUCAGCAACAAACUGUAGUGUAUUUCAGUGUCUGAUACUCUUCUGAUGUGCAUAAUCCAGACUGCGCAAAAUGUCUGGAUAAAAUGAGAAUGCAUACUAGGUUUAGCAGUCAAAUGUAUGAAACCAAAUCAGUACAAAUAGGCAAUAUGAGCAGACCAUUUUGAGAAUUUGUCAUUCAGAAAAUUGUCAGAAUCCCAUAAAAUCUUUGCCAUUGUUAGUUCCAAAGAAUAAACAAAAUCUGUAUUGGUAAUGGCAACUGAUUUAAUUAUUUUGAACAAAAUACCAUUUCUGUUGGUUCCAAAUUGCUUUAAUGUUGGAAAAAAAAUCAAAUUAUUAGCAAAAACAAUGAUUUGAAUACACAUUUUACGUGUACAGUGUUCGUGUAAAUACGUUUUGUGUGGAACUUUGGUACAAUAAAAGUUUGAUAUUAUUCUGUA